AUGCUUAGCAUAAAAGAGAAGGUUGAGCUUCUGGACAUGCUGAAAGAAGGGAGAACCUGCGCGUACGUUGGCCGCCAUUACAGGAUCAACGAAUCUACGGUUCGCUCCAUCAAGAAGGAGGAGAAGAACAUCCGGUCCACGGCGGCAGUAACUUUCCACGCCACCGCGAAGAGGGUCGUUACUUCACGCAACAGGACGAUUGUGAAGAUGGAAUCUGCGUUAUCCGUGUGGAUUAAUGAUUGUCGUAAAAAGAACAUCGCGCUGGAUUCAGUUAUCAUCCGGACAAAGGCCAAACAACUUUACGAUCGUCUGGCGGCAAAAAGGUACGUUCAAAAUGGCGAUGAGGAGGAGGAGGCUGGAGCGGGACCUUCGAGUGCUUCGACCACCGGACCAACCCCGUUCAGUGCCAGCAAGGGCUGGUUCGACAAAUUUCAGAAACGCUUUGGACUUAAGAGCGUGUGUCUGCACGGAGAGGCUGCUGCUGCCUCCGCAGGAGCCGAGGAGUACGUGAGCACGUUCACAGACGUCAUGGAGGAGGUGGGCUACAGCCCCGAGCAAGUGUUCAACAUGGACGGAACCAGCUUGUUUUGGAGACGGAUCCCUUCUCACACUUUCAUGAAAGAAGAAGCCAAAGAGCGGCUAACUUUGAUCAUGUGCGGGAACGCUGCGGGCUUUAUGAUCAAGCCAGGACUUAUUUAUAAGUCCAAAAACCCUCCAGCCCUAAAAAACAUAAGCAAGAGUUCGCUGCCUGUUCACUGGAUGUACAACUCCAAGGCCUGGUUGACGAAAGUCCUCACCACCAGCUGGUUCCACAACUGCUUUAUCCCGGAGGUGAAGCUGUAUCUGGCAGAGAAAGGCAUGGAGUUCAAGGUUGUUCUUCUGCUAACCGACAACGCUGGAGGCCAUGCUAAAGAUCUGGAGUAUGAGGGGGUCCAGGUGGAGUUCUUGCCCCCGAACACAACAUUGCACAUUCAGCCCAUGGAUCAAGGCAUUAUCCGAGCUUUUAAGGCGCUUUACACAAGAAACACUCUGCAAAACGUUGCUGAAGCCAUGGACACGGAUGAAAACUUCUCGCUACAGGCGUACUGGCAGAACUACACAAUAGCAUCGUGUCUACAAAAUAUUCAGAAGUCCAUAAACGAAAUAAAGAGUGAGACUUUGAAUGCCUGCUGGAAGAAAUUGUGGCCAGAGGUGGUCCACGAUCACAAGGGACUGACUGCUGACGAAAUCCAUCGCUCUGAAAUUGACAAGGCUGUGAAGCUGGCAAAAACACUGGGAGGAGAGGGCUUCAUGGACAUGACCGCUGAGGACGUGAAUGAUCUGAUCGACGUGCAUGCUCAACUGUUGACGGACGAAGACCUGGAGGAACUUAUACAGUCGUCAAGCGAAGAGGAGGAGGAACAAGGUGAACUUGUUGAAGAGGAGGAGGAAAAAGACGAACAACUUGUUGAGGAGGAGGGACAAGACAAACGACUUGUUGAAGAGGAGGAGGAGGAGGAGGUCGGCCUAACACUCGAUCAUCUUGCAACCGCAGCCAGAAUGGCCAGAGAACUUCAGCAAGUGAUCGAAGAAUGGGACCCCAAUAUGGUUCGUUCGCUGCGGUUCUCAAAUGCAAUCGACAGUGCCAUGUCACCUUACAACAUCAUCCUCGCUCAGAAGCAGAACAAGCAGCGCCAGGAGGAACGCCCCGUAACUAAGUUCAUCACUCGAAGACAGAGGUGA